AUGGAUGAUGGUGCUGAUGAUGACAGUGGCAGUAUUGGACUGAGUCAGCAGAGCAACAAGGAACACACUGAUAACCAGCAGCCAAGUGAUAAAAUUAAUGAAAACACAGUCAUUUUCAUGAAUAAGGUUGAAGAAAAAAAGGAACAGAAAAGCAGUAAAAAGGAAGUGUCAGGAAACAUGGAUGAGGGUACUGAUGACAGAGGCAGUGGUGGAUUGAGUCAGCAGAACAACAGUGAACAAACUGAUAAGCAGCAGGUUUCUAUUAUGGAGAAUGAAGAGUCUGACAGAUCUACCUUAAGAGAAGAAAAAGAGAAGAGACGAAAAGCUGGUCUGUUAUGUGAAAAAAAUAGGGUGCAGUUAAGAAAGAAAGAAGAGCACUCUAUUAAAGAAGUUGAAAUGAACCCACAACUUGAAACCAACAUUAGAACACAAGCCAUCACACUGGAGAUUAUAGGAGAGAAUGAGGUAAAUUUAUCUUUGGGAAAAAUCUCUUAUUUCUAA